AUGGAAGUGUUUCUUUAUAAUUCUACUGUUUGUCGAUUGUGUGGAGAAGAAAAUGACAAUGGAAAUCUGUUAUAUUCCAGUGACGAAAAUAAUCAAAACCUUAGUGAUAUUAUCAAUACGUAUUUACCGAUUAAGGUGUCAGAUGAUGGUCAAUUACCACGAACGAUUUGUCCUGGAUGUACAAUACAAUUGGAAGCUACAGUUGAAUUUUUAAACUUAAUUAUUAAUGGACAGAAAGUUAUGAGAGAGCUUUAUCAAAGAGAAAAGGAAUACAAGAGGUCUGUUUCACCCUCAAAUGAAACUGAGGUUAUAACUGAGAAAAUCAUAUAUGAAAUUAAUACAAGUGAUGGGGUGUACCAAAUUGAGCAUCCAAUCGCCCUUCAGGUGGCGGGGCUAGAGAAACCUAAAAGAAAAAGAGGCAGGCCACCAAAAAAACCAAAGUGCCCUGAGGAAUUGGCACAACAAGCAACUGUUAAGGUUCCACAGGAAGAAAAAACUAAAUCAGGAAGAAAAGACUGUCAAUAUCCUCGUGGUAAUGACAGUGAUGAACCGACAGGAAAGAGGCGCAGAAAAACACCAACUAGGUUUAAGGAAGUGGUUCAGGGAAAAGAACUGGAAAGGAUUUUUAAAGAAGAAGGUGUGAUUGAUGGUGAAGAUAGUGACACUGAGAAUAAGCAAGCUGUGGUUGAGCAAGGACCUAAAAUCUCUCCUUCAAAGGAACCUGAAGUGAUUGGACAUUUGGAAACUUCAGGAGAGCUAGUUGUUGUAUUAAGAGGGAAAGGCAGAGGCCGUCCAAAAGGACGUACGCGUCAAACGCGCGAACAAUGUAUGAUUUGCGGCAUGGUAUUUUCGAGUGUGGGACGUUAUAUGUCGCACAUUGCUCAACAUGGUCCUGUGCUGUAUCAGUGCACCCAAUGUGGCGAAACUUUCUCCACCAGGCUAUUAUUUAAUGACCAUCAAACAGAGACUAACCACACAGGGCAGAACAUACUGCAAUGUAAGGAUGUAACACCUAGUAACCAAGAAAGUUCAAAAUCUGCAGAAAAAUCUGAAGAAUCAGCAUCAGAAAAAAGCACUGAAAAAUCGCCGGAAUCAAAUGAUUUAGCUUCUGUAGACAACCUAGUGAGUAAUAUACAAGCAACUUCAUUGCCUGAAGCGCUGCCCGAAGCCUUACCUGAUUUAAGUGUUCAGCCCCCAGAAGUGAAAAAUGAAGAUGCAAAGGAAGAAACGAAAACUGAGAGGGUAGAUGUUAAAACUGAUGAAAAUAAUGUGGUGGUUGAAGGAAAUAAUGAGACAACCAAUCCAUUAGAUAGUGAACCUGAAGUGCAAGACGGUAAUAAAAUAAAAUGCAAUCAAUGUGACAAGACAUUUAACAACAGACAAAGCAAAUCAAUUCAUAUCAAGGCAGUUCAUCAAGGUGAGCGACCAUACAAAUGCAUGGAAUGCGGCGCAGCAUUUGGUUAUCCACGUUCACUCUCUCUGCAUUCAGCCUCACACCGGCGACAUAAGACUUCGUCAUCCAAAGGAUACGCAUGUGACCUAUGUGGAAAGGUACUGAACCACCCGUCGUCGGUGGUGUACCACAAGCAAGCGGCGCACGCCAUGCAGCGCUACGUGUGCGGCACGUGCGGCAAGCGCUUCCACCACAAGCAGCUGCUGCAGCGCCACCAGCUCGUGCACUCGCAGCUGCGCCCCUUCACCUGCAAGUCAUGCAACGCAACAUUCAAGACGAAGGCAAAUUUGCUCAACCAUCAGCUACUCCAUAGCGGCGUAAAGAAGUUCAGCUGCGAGAUUUGCAAACAUAAGUUUGCACACAAAACUAGUCUUACUCUACAUAUGAGAUGGCAUACAGGCGUGAAACCGUACUCGUGCAAGCAGUGCGGUAAGAGCUUCAGCCAGAAGGGCAACCUGUCUGAGCACGAGCGGAUCCACACGGGCGAGAAGCCGUACCAGUGCGCGUGGUGCCCGCGCCGCUUCACCACGUCGUCGCAGCACCGCCUGCACGCACGCCGCCACGCGCCCGACCGGCCCUACGCGUGCACGCUCUGCCCCAAGAGGUACCCGCCGCGUACCAGCGCGUUCCAGUGCGUACCGGUGCGCGUGUGCCCGCGCCGCUUCACCACGUCGUCGCAGCACCGCCUGCACGCGCGCCGCCACGCGCCCGACCGGCCCUACGCGUGCACGCUCUGCCCCAAGAGGUACCCGCCGCGUACCAGCGCGUUCCAGUGCGUACCGGUGCGCGUGUGCCCGCGCCGCUUCACCACGUCGUCGCAGCACCGCCUGCACGCGCGCCGCCACGCGCCCGACCGGCCCUACGCGUGCACGCUCUGCCCCAAGAGGUACCCGCCGCGUACCAGCGCGUUCCAGUGCGUACCGGUGCGCGUGUGCCCGCGCCGCUUCACCACGUCGUCGCAGCACCGCCUGCACGCGCGCCGCCACGCGCCCGACCGGCCCUACGCGUGCACGCUCUGCCCCAAGAGGUACCCGCCGCGUACCAGCGCGUUCCAGUGCGUACCGGUGCGCGUGUGCCCGCGCCGCUUCACCACGUCGUCGCAGCACCGCCUGCACGCGCGCCGCCACGCGCCCGACCGGCCCUACGCGUGCACGCUCUGCCCCAAGAGGUACCCGCCGCGUACCAGCGCGUUCCAGUGCGUACCGGUGCGCGUGUGCCCGCGCCGCUUCACCACGUCGUCGCAGCACCGCCUGCACGCGCGCCGCCACGCGCCCGACCGGCCCUACGCGUGCACGCUCUGCCCCAAGAGGUACCCGCCGCGUACCAGCGCGUUCCAGUGCGUACCGGUGCGCGUGUGCCCGCGCCGCUUCACCACGUCGUCGCAGCACCGCCUGCACGCGCGCCGCCACGCGCCCGACCGGCCCUACGCGUGCACGCUCUGCCCCAAGAGGUACCCGCCGCGUACCAGCGCGUUCCAGUGCGUACCGGUGCGCGUGUGCCCGCGCCGCUUCACCACGUCGUCGCAGCACCGCCUGCACGCGCGCCGCCACGCGCCCGACCGGCCCUACGCGUGCACGCUCUGCCCCAAGAGGUACCCGCCGCGUACCAGCGCGUUCCAGUGCGUACCAGUGCGCGUGUGCCCGCGCCGCUUCACCACGCCGUCGCAGCACCGCCAGCAUACACUUUGCAUUGCACUAUUAUAG